AUGGACAUGAACAUCCACUCCGACCCGCUGGUGAACCGCGACGACCCCAUCCCCGUCGUCGCCAUUUCUGCACCACGGGACGAUCCCUCGCCUACCGAGUAUGACCGCCCCAAGGGCAGCAAGCGUGCUGCCAUCCGCCAGUCGUUGUCGUCGGGGAAGCUGAGGGAGAAGUUUGAUUCUUUCAAAGAGCAGAGCAGCAGCCGCGGCCACCAGCGCAGCGUAAGCUCCAGCGCAAGCGAAUCGCCCAGCAAGAUCCAGGACCGUUUGAUGAACAUGUAA